AAGUCUUGUAGGUUUCUCCGGAUGUUUCAGGGGAGGUGGAACCGAACCGCCCGACCUAGUGGUGCCACAGCAGAAGGCGGGUUCUCCCCGACGGAGGUGCCCGGCGCACCGCCCCUUCCAGCGAUCGCGUUGGCCCUGGCGUCGGUCCACGUCCGGGGCUGCGGCUGCCAUGAACCCCUCCCCGCGCGCUAGCGCAUCCAAGGGGCUCCAGCGACGCCUGGGGGCCGCGGCCGCUCGGCCUUGGAGGAGCCUAGCUCGGACCCCGAAGCAGGCGGGGCCUCCAGAGGAGGAGGCAGCAGCGGCGGGACAGGAGUCGCUACUGCCAAAUGAGAGAAGCUUUCAGGAUGCUGCUAAGAGCAAUAAUUUGGAUUUUAUGGAGAAGCUAUUUGAAAAGAAGGUUAACAUUAAUGCUGUGAACAAUAUGAACCGUACAGCCCUGCACUUUGCAGUGGGGGGAAAUCAUUUUUCUGCGGUGAAUUUCUUACUGAAUCACAAGGCCAGGGUGGAUGUUGCUGAUAAGCACGGUUUGACAGCGAUUCACCUUGCAGCCUGGUCAGGAAGCUUUGAGAUCACGCUCAUGCUGGUGAAAGCUGGAGCAGACCAGAGAGCUACGUGUCAGGAUGGACUAAACGCACUGCACUUCGCAGCCCAGAGCAACAGCGUGCGCAUCGUGGAGUACCUCAUCCAAGACCUGCACCUGCAGGAGCUGAACCAGCCCGACCAGAGAGGAAGAAAACCAUUUCUUUUGGCGGCUGGGAGGGGCCAUGUGCAAAUGAUAGAAAAACUGACAUUCCUUAACCUGCACACUUCAGAAAAGGACAAGGAGGGAAACACGGCCUUGCACCUGGCUGCUAUGCAUGGCCACAGUCCUGCUGUGCAGGUGCUGCUAACUCAGUGGCAAGAAGUGAAUGAGACCAACGAGAAUGGAGAAACGCCAUUCUUUUUAGCUGUUGCAGGAGGUCAUGAAGAAUGCAGUAAAGUGCUACUGGCAGCAGGAAGUGAUAUCAACAUUCCAAAUAAACUCAAUGUCAGUGCUUUGCAGACAGCAACCCAGAAUGGCCACGUGUCCCUCGUCAACUUUCUUCUCAGUGAGAACAUCGAGCUGCACCAAGGGAUGGAACCUAAGGAGUCCCCUCUUCAUUUAGCAGUCAGCAACAACCACAUAGCUGUUGUAAACAGCUUAUUAAGUGCCCAGCACAACACUGAUGUCUUAGAUCAGAGGCAGCGAACCCCUCUGCACGUGGCUGCUGAUCUUGGAAAUGUGGAGCUGGUGGAAACCCUGCUGAAGGCGGGCUGUGAUUUGAAGAUUGUUGAUCAGCAAGGCAGGACCGCGCUGGCCGUGGCCGCCAGGGGCAGCCACAGCCUGGUUGUGGACAUGCUCAUCAAAGCAGAGAGGUACCGCACCUGGAGAGAGAAGCAUCCAGAGGAUGCAUCAGCAGGAGCUGCUCUGACUUUCAAGCAAGACCACAGUCUGCAGACCAGGCACAUCCGCACGGUCCUCUGGAACCUCGCAUACCGUCAGCUGAAGGCCGACCAGUGGCAGAGGCUGGCUCGCUCGUGGGACUUCACAGAUGACCAGAUUAGAGCCAUUGAGGAGCAGUGGACAGGAAACAAAAGCUUCCGUGAACAUGGCCACAGGGCUCUGCUCAUCUGGCUGCAUGGGGCCCUGAUGACACAGCUUGAGCCCAGCAAACAUCUGUAUGCAGAGCUGGUGCGCGCAGGCUUCCCAGAACUGGCCGAGAAGAUUCGUCAAGUGAAAAGCAAAGCUUGCUCAAGCUCCAGGAAAUGUGCAAUUUCAUAAAUGCCUCAAGAAAUUAUAUUUAUUUUUUUCUUUUUUUUUUUUUUUU